GAGGCCAGCGGCUCCGGGGCCAGCCGCCAUGUCCUCCACCGUGAACAACGGGGCGGCCAGCAUGCCGUCCCCGCCCGACGCGGCCAACGGCUUCCCGCAGCCCGGCGCCUCCUCGGGGGCCUGGCCGCGGGCCGAGGAGGAGCUGCGCGCCGCCGAGCCGGGCCUGGUGAAGCGCGCGCACCGCGAGAUCCUGGACCACGAGCGCAAGCGGCGCGUGGAGCUCAAGUGCAUGGAGCUGCAGGAGAUGAUGGAGGAGCAGGGGUACUCAGAGGAGGAGACCCGGCAGAAGGUCAGGACUUUCCGGCAGAUGCUGAUGGAGAAAGAGGGAAUGCUCAGCAGGGAGGACCGGCCUGGGGGCCACACCGUGGCGGAGACCCCGCGGCUGACCGAGGGCGCCGAGCCAGGCCUGGAGUACGCGCCCUUGGACGAGGACGACGGCCCGGUGGACUGCGACUGCCCGGCCGCCUGCUACCGUGGGCACCGGGGGUACAGGCCCAAGCACUGGUCCAGCAGCUCGGCGUCGCCCCCUCCCAAGAAGAAGAAGAAAAAGAAAGGCGGCCACAGGAGAAGCCGCAAAAAGAGGAGACUAGACUCGGAGUGCAGCUGUGGGAGCACCUCACCUCUGCGCAAGAAGAAGAAGAGCGUGAAGAAGCACCGCAGAGACAGGUCUGAUUCUGGGUCCCGGAGGAAGAGACGGCACAGAUCUCGAAGCCCCAAGAGCAAAAGAAAAGAGAAGAACAAAGAGAGGAAGAGGCCACACGCGGAGUCGCCAGGCCGCAGGUCUCAUCGCCACAGUAGCGGCAGCUCCCAGUGCCCCUCAGUCUCCUCCCACUACAGUGGUUCCAGAUCACCCAGCAGGCUGAGCCCCAAGCGCCGAGACGAAGGGCGGAAGACGGGCAGCCAGCGGUCCAGCGGGAGCCGGUCGCCUUCCCCGUCCGGCGGCAGCGGAUGGGGGUCGCCCCAGCAGAACGGCGGCAGCAGGCAGCGGAGCGGAGCGCACGGGGGCCGCCCCGGCUCGGCGCACAGCCCGCCCAAUAAGCCCAGCUCGCCCUCGCCCAGGGCCCGCGACCAGGCGGAGGCGGGCGCGGCCACGCCGCCCGCGCGGGGGAAGGAGAGCCCGAGCCCGCGCUCGCUGAGCCCCCCCCACCCCCGUCCCCGGGUCCCCCUCUGUCUCCUAUCCUCCUCCGCCCCUCCACUGAGCCCCCUUUCUCCCCAGCUGAGCCCCCUGUCGCCGUGCCCCUCCUCCAGGCCCAAGGAGCGGCCCCCGCGCGCCCGGCCCACCAGCACCUCCCCGUCCCCGGGCGCGCACGGCCGGCACGGCGGCCCUGAGCGGAAGAGCUCGUCGCUCAGCCCGGGCCCGCACCCCCGCUCCUGGAGCUCCAGCCGCUCGCCCUCCAAGUCCCGCUCGCGCUCCGCGGAGAAGAGGGCCCGCAGCCCCAGCCGCUCGCCGUCUCCCAAGAAACCCCCGGGCCGGGACAAGGACAGCGAGGGCCGCGCGAGGCACGCCGAGGCCGAGGCCGCCCGCGCCCGGCGCCGCUCCCGCAGCUACUCGCCCAUCCGCAAGCGGCGCCGGGACUCGCCCAGCUUCAUGGAGCCGCGGCGCAUCACCAGUGCCCGGAAACGUCCCAUCCCCUACUACCGGCCCAGCCCCUCAUCCUCCUCCAGCUGCCUGAGCAGUGACUACUCAAGCCGCAGCCCCAGUCCCGGCCACAGCCACAGCCACAGCCAUGGAAGCUACAGCAGCCGCAGUCGUGGGACCCGCAGCCGCACUCGCAGCCCCUCCCGGACCCCCAGUCCCAGCUACCACAGCCGGAGCAGCUCAGAGAGCGGGGGCUUCUGAGCCCAGACACACACUGUUUGGUGCCCCCUGGCACAGGGAGAGGCCAGGGGUAAGGCCCCAGGACCGCGAGGGGGCCUGCUCCCUGCUGCUACAGAGAGGUCCUGGGGCCAGGGAACACCUUGAGGGUGGGUGCCCUGCAGACAAGAGGAGCUGGGUUCUGCUGUUUCUAGAGGGUCCUCACCCCCCACCUCCUGCCCGCCCACUGUGUCCAGGGAACAAAGAGCCGUUACGAACACAGGGAUCCCCUGUCCACCUGCCUGCUUGAUGCCACCUGCUUGGGGACCUCAGCUCAGUGGACCCAGGGACACCUCAGACCUGGGAGCCUCCCCUACCCGCUCCACAGGGUCCUCCGCUCCUCUCCGGCAUUGGGGAGGUGGGACCAGCAAGCAGGAUCUAAGUCAGGCAGAAGGAAGAAUGGUCUAAUGGCCUUUGGUGCGCCACCAUCCAGGCUGGGGAGCUGCUUCCUUCUGAGCUGGCUGCAGGAGGACCCUGGCUGAGGGCUGGAGGCUGGCCCCACAGCCUCUCCAAACCCCUCCCCUGGCCCAGGAGUACCCAGACUAGGUGGGUCACUAAGCCCCAGCCUGAGCGACCAGGGAGCUCCCUUUUGGUCCCACCUCUCCUCUCCAGGCCAGGCUCUCUCCUCCAGCCCUCACCCCAUGCCCUGCGCCAAGGCCACGCCAGGCCGGCCUUCUGCAUGACAAGAGGUGGGACAUACAGACCACAACUGCAUCUAACCCUGAGAUCAAAAGGGGUUCAGGUCAGGAGGUGGAAGAGAGAUGGGGGCAGAGGAGCCUGUGAGGAGGCGGGAAAGCAAUGUAGUCUGAUGACUGAGCAGGCCCCCGUGUCCCAGUGUCUCGGACGUGGGCCAGAUGGCAGGACAGGGUCACAGGCAUAGGAUGGCUUGUGCUUUGGGGCCUGCCCAAGGAGGCACUUCCUCCUCGGAGUUUGAUGGGGAGGUGGUCAGCCAAGGCUCCCCAGGGAGGGGUGCUACAGCCCUUCAAAGAAAGGGUAGGAUCUAGACUGAUGGCCCUGGCUUGGGGCAUCAACAGGACAGCAGUGGCCCCCAGCCCUCUUCUGCUGCUCCCAGCCCCCUCCUCCUGGGGCCCUCAGGGAUCUCACGAAGUCUUCCUUGGCCCAACAGGGCAGAUGCCCUGGGCUCUAGUGGGGGGAGGGGUCUGGGGUCUGGUCCGGGUUUCCUCUAUCUCCCCCUCCCUCUUUCUCCGCGGUGCGGAUAAAAAUUGGACUCUAAUAAAACACUCAGUGCCCGGAUGGCAGGUGGUGA